GGAGGUCAAUGUGUCCUUCCACUUCCACACGUGUUAUCUGUCAGCCGGAAAAGCGUACUGUAGGGGAGCUAGUUGCCGGUUGUCUUUUAGUCGUGCACACAUUACUUUUGUAGUAACGCUGCUUCUUAUAUAUAUAUAAUCAUGUUAAAGUCACUUUGCCGUGCUGUCGGAACGGCUGUUCGAAUUUCCACAAUAACGACUUCCACCAGCCGAGCUCUACCACUCUCCACCCCGACGCUAUGCACCCCAAGUUCGGCAACGAGCCGGCCUUUUACCCGGUCUCUGUGGAUGAUGAAUAACAAGGGAGCCUCUUCUGGAUAUCGGCCCAAACUAUUCAGCUCCAGAGUAUUGAGUCCAUCUGUGUCCUGUGGAUGUGGAGCACUUCAUACAGAAGGCGACAAGGCAUUUGGCGAUUUUUUGUCGGAUGAAAUCAAAGAGGAGAGGAAAAUCCAGAAAAGCAAAACCCUUCCUAAAAUGUCCGGUGGAUGGGAGCUGGAGUCGAACGGAGCAGAGGUCAAACUUAGCAGGAGUGUGUCUGGAGAAAAGAUCAUUGUGACAUUCAACGUGAACAACAGCAUUCCCCCGAACUUCGAGGAGGAGGCUGAGACGGGGCAACAGCAGCAGAAGGGAGAGGAGGAGCAAGAUAUUGUGUCUACGCCAAACUUUGUUGUGGAAGUAACGAAACAAGAGGCAGCAAAGACUUCCUUGGUGUUUGACUGCCACUUCCCCGAAGAUGAGAUUGCUCACGGGGAGGGCGAGGAGGAGAGUGACAUUUUUGCCAUCCGUGAGGUCAGUUUUCAGCCCGAGGGAGACGCCGAUUGGAAAGAGACCAGCUACACCCUCAGCACAGAUUCUCUGGACUGGGCCCUCUACGACCACCUCAUGGACUUCCUGGCCGACAGGGGAGUGGACAACACGUUUGCCGAUGAGUUGAUGGAGCUCAGCACUGCCAUGGAGCAUCAGGAGUACAUCAAAUUCUUGGAAGACCUCGGUAGCUUCGUAAAAUGCAAAUAAUUGAUUGGAAAGAAACAACCUGAUGCUACUGAAAUGGCCGUCUGUCGCACUAGUGUCUGACUGCGUCACCCGUCUGCAACUGUUCCUGUAAUGUGUUUGUUCUUGCCUGUAAGGCAAUUGAAGUUUGUAUUUGAGAGCCAUGUAAAUAUUUAAGUUGGUAAAAUGUUAAAAAUGAAGCUUAGCUUUAUUUUAGGACGCGUGUUAUUUCUAGGGUCUCGGACAGUGCAUACACAUUUAUAGGAACACAACUUUUGUAAUCCUUAAAGAAAAGCAGAGAUCAUGUUGGUUAAGAUGUAAAAACAUCCCAUUUAGUUCCCACUUCUUCUGUUUACAUUGCCCUGUAGUCCAGGUUUUACAGCUUAUUCACAUCAAUCGUAAUAACAUCUCUUCAUGCUAUGUGUUCCUUUGGAAAUGAUUGGGCUUUCUUGGACCGUAUAUAGAGAUGACACAACUUCUAUCUGAUUGGUCUCUGUCCAGAAAACAAAUGAGAUCUGUCUAAUAAAAAAUAUUUCAUAUAGAUUACUUUUAUUUUUGCUUGGUUUUAAUAGGCAACUGUAUUAAUUUAAGUACUGUAGUAAUCCAUUUGUUUUCUAUAGCACUUUCUUGGCACCUAAAGACGCUUUACAGGAGCACAUAAAACAAAGAUACAAACAUCCCCUCCAAAUGGUCUUGCAGUAUGGCUCCAAGGUACUUUACUGGAAUUGAUUUACUUUAUGUCCAAGAAAAGGUGGACUUUGCAUCUUUUACGAAGGGCUCAUAUCAAUAGACCGUAUGCAAAGUAAAAUAAAAGUUAUUUGUUUCUUAAAUUAUGUAAUACAUAAAUCAUUUACAUAACCUGUUAUUCAAAUGUGUAUUUGCUGUUCUUGCAUACAAUAACAGACGGGACAUUAUCUGAUAUGAUGUAUUCUAAAUAUGGAAAUCUCAAAGAAAAUUAGUGAUCGAGAAAUUAUGGAAAUCCAGUUGAAGGUGCCACUAAUGUAGGCCUACCUUCCACGCCGCCCAUUAUUAUUCUGGGCUUUCACGCAGAACAGACAUUUUAUUGCACAACCGGCUAGCCUACUAGCCCGAGAUCAAAAAUAAAUAAUGAA